AUGGAGCGUUCCGCUUACCCGAAGAACCUCUCCUCAAGCCGCAAGUGCGCGAUCCAGGAUCUCCUCCAUGGCCAGAAUCCCACGAAGAAGCUCAGACAUCUCUUCGACACUCACUCUCAAGCUGGCGAUAACACUGGGCAGCACUUGUUUGCGGAAGAUCUGAUCGUCAGCGUCCUCAGAAUAACUUCACCUACAUGGACAGAAGUGAGCUCUCAAUUAAACGACGGGUACUCAUGGAGGAAAUAUGGCUCGAAAGAGAUUCCCGGCGCCAAAUUCCCCAGGAGCUACUACAGGUGCACUUACAAGCUUCCCCAGGGAUGUCUAGCGACCAGGCAGCUCCAAAGGAUGCCGGACGACUCAUCCGAUUAUAAGAUCACACACCAACGCCACCACACUAGCGACGAACCUCAUCCUCAAAUCCCCCCACUCAUCCUGGAGUCACCAUACACUGGGAACAACCCAUCCUCGUCAUUUUCUACACCAGCCUCACUCCCAAGCAACAACAAUCAAGCCGCAUCAUCUGAUUACUACGCUAGUAUUCAAAUCUGCUGGGGCGAUCUAAGCCCUCUCGUCAGACCAAGGGGAUGUGAUGUUUAG